AUGCCCAUCCAAGUGACUCGGGAGACCAGACGAGCCUCCAAAAUUAACCAGAUUGAUGACUCAUUAACGCAAAUGAAAGGUCAAAACAUUAUAAAGAUCAAUAUCCCAGAUCUUGAAAAAGUUGAUAAACACAUGCGUGAAGCAAUACACAGUGAAUACAAUGCUCAAAUAAUCGAUAGUGAUAUAUUUAUCAAAUGUGAUGGAAAACAUAAAGAAGAUAUUCAAGCUGAACUUUUGAUCUCAGCUAGGGUACAUAAUCCAACUUGGUCCGUAUCAUUAAAUACAAUAUGCGUGGUUGGGGGCAAUAGCUAUCAACCUGAUGUUGGCAUCUGGUUUCGAGCACCAACAUAUGCACAAUGUCAUAACCCAAUUGUAAAUUCGUGUCCACCACCGAACGUAUACGUAGAGGUGUUUUAUAACCGAGAUCCAGAUCGUAGUAAUGCGUUGAGGAGAAUUAAUAAUGUUCGGCUAAUAAAUCCUGCGAUUGAAUUUAUUGGAAUCUGUCUUCCUGAUUCAGCUCGACCCUAUAAUCAGAAUCCUUUUCCUAGGGCAGUUUCAGUUCCAGCAAUUCAACAACAAAAUCAAAGACCUCAUCAAGCUCCAUAUUUGAUACAUUGGGAUGCUAACCAAACUCCGGUUUAUUAUAUAAUGAAUUGGAACGAGCACUUACUUCUUAGGUGUGGAUGGGCGCUCGAAUUUAAUUCUGUGCUUAGUAUAAUUUCUCGUCAUUAA